GACGACGACGACGACGACGGCGGCGUCGAUGACGACGGCGGCGUCGACGACGACGGCGGCGUCGACGACAACGACGACGGCCGCGGUGGCGACGACGAUGACGAUUACGCCAGGCACGGCAGCGUCGACGUCGACGACAACGACGACGGCCGCGGUGGCGACGACGAUGACGAUUACACCAGGCACGGCAGCGUCGACGUCGACGACAACGACGACGGCGGCGGGGUCGACAACGGCAGAAACUGCCGUUCUAGAAACGACCCCAUUAAAAGAGAGGACUAAUUUGUCCACAAAUUUAACUAAAGAAGAAUUAAUUAAUAUGAUGAAGGAAGUGCUGGCGGAGGCAGCAAAAAAUAAGCGAGGAGGUAGAGGAGGCAGAGGAGGCAGAGGAGGCAGAGGAGGCAGAGGAAGCAGAGGAAGCAGAAGAGGCAGAGGAGGCAGGGGUGGCAGGGGCGGCAGGGGUGCCAGGGGAAGAAAUAACUCCAUAAUAUGUAGGGGGGGAAUACACAUUUAUUAUAACGAAAAUGAGAAGAACUAAAAAUUUUAUAAACCAAAAAUUUUAUAAACCUUUUGUACUACUUUUAUAAAUAAAAAUAAAAUAUAAAAUUUUAAAAAAUCUAAACUAGAUGCAACAUCGGAGUUUGUUUACCUUUUUUCUUCAUUCCUCGAUCUCCGCAAUUUACAAUGACGCGUACGUACAAAAUUGAUCUGGCGCGUUUAAACUAUUUCAAUCGUCAUAUCUCGAGAACUAAGCGUCCUAGAAAGACGAUUUUUUUUCUAAAUUGAGCUAUCUCGAAGAGACAAGAUUAAUGAGCUGAAUUAUUUUAUAUCUCCUCAAAUAAACGUAAUAAUUAUUUUUUCUUUUUUAAAUUAUUUAUUUGACGCGUUAAAUAUGUAUGAAUAAUUUAUUUACCUAUGCGGCGUGUGCAUAUGCUCUAUGUUAUUAUAACUACCGUGUCUAUUAAUUAAAAAUUUUUUAUUACUUUUAUUGCAAGGAAUGUGUAC